AUGCCCACAAAGAAGCAGAAAAAUCAUUCCAACAACGAAAAAGCGCAGCCGCGCGGUCACACAAACCACCAUGGCAAUAUUGAUGAGGCGACGCUUUCUGCGCUCGUUGAGGCCAUCGAGGGCGGCUCGAACAAAAAAGGAAUGACAAAAUCGCAGGUCAAAACCCUGGAGGAGAAGCGUGUGCAGGCAAUUGAGCGCAUCUAUGCCUCGAAGCUAGACGAAAUCGCGAUCCACCCCCACCACUUCCACAACGCGGUGCUCGCGCAGCGCUUUCAGCAGCAGUGCUCGAUUCAAGCGGCGGCCUACGUGAACGUGCCGAUCCCUCUAAAACCGGCGCAGCAGCGCUGGCAGAAAGUCGCCCCCGACCGCUACGUCCGCUAUGAAUCGUUUGAUAUCACGGACAGCAGCAAAAGCGACGCCACGAUGAACUUCAUCGUCGACCUCUUCACGGCGGAGCUGUCGGAGCCGUACAGCAGCUUUACCUAUCAGUACUUCGUCUUUGGGUGGCCGGAUCUUUGCCUGACGGCGUACGGCGUGCAGAGCAGCACCCCGCCGGAGGACUCCGUGAAGGGGGAAAAGGUAGGGACGAUUGUUUCGCGGGUGGUGCGGGAAGGCCCUGGGGAGCCGCUUUCCGGGUACGUGGCGAUGUUCGCCGUUCUUCCGAAAUUCCGAGGAUUCCGCCUCGGCAGGCGGCUGAUCGAGCUCACGGUGGAGCUGAUGCGCGCGAAGGGGUGUGAUGAGGUUUACUUGGAAACCCCCAUCACGAAUGAACGCGCGUAUUUGUUGUACACUAGUCUAGGAUUUGUAAAAACCGCGUUUCUGCCGCGGUACUAUCUAGAUUAUUCUGAUGCGGUUCGGCUGAAAUUGUGGUUAAAGGACGCCUUUCCGAACGAAAGAGAAGACUCCUCGGAGGCUGCGGCCGCUCCAACGAAAGGGGACGCUGUAGAAGAACAGAGUGCAGCGUAA